GGCGCUGCUGCCGGCGGGGCCCGCGGGCAGAGCGGCCCCUCCCGCCGCCGGCGGUUUCCAUGGAGGAGGCCGCGGCCCGGCCGCGCUUCCCGCCCUGCCCCUUCCCGCCCGGCCCCUUCCCCUCAGGAGGCGCCGCCCUCCGCCGCCGACAAUGAACGACUGGGCCCCCAUCGCAAAGGAGUAUGACCCGCUCAAAGCUGGGAGCAUCGAUGGCACAGACGAGGAGCCCCAUGACCGUGCCAUAUGGAGGGCUAUGCUGGCACGCUAUGUACCCAACAAGGGAGUUACAGGAGACCCUCACCUCACCCUCUUUGUAGCAAGGCUCAAUCUUCAGACAACAGAAGAGAAGUUAAAGGAGGUGUUUUCCCGCUAUGGAGACAUCAGAAAGAUCCGUCUGGUUCGAGACCUCGUCACAGGGUUUUCCAAGGGGUAUGCGUUUAUUGAGUAUAAAGAGGAGCGAGCUCUCUUGAAGGCCCACAGAGACGCCAAUAGGCUGGUUAUUGAUCAGCAUGAGAUCUUUGUGGACUUUGAACUGGAAAGAACUCUCAAAGGAUGGAUUCCUCGGAGGCUUGGAGGUGGUUUUGGAGGCAAGAAAGAAUCCGGGCAGUUACGGUUCGGAGGACGGGACAGACCUUUCCGAAAGCCCAUCAAUUUGCCAAACAUGAAAAGUGAUUUCUAUGGAGAAGGAUCAGCAGAGAAAAGAAACUGGUCUCGUGAGGGAUCAAGGGACUGGAGAACAAGGGACCGAGACCACGAAAGGAGCAGAGACAAGCGGUGGCCAGAAAGGGAGCGGUCGUGGACUUGGGGUGAAAGCGAGAGGGACUCCAAAGAGGAGAGGAGCAGAGGGAGGGAGAGGAAGGACAGAGACAGGAAGGACAGGGAUAGAGACCGGAGCAGGGAAAGAGACACCAAGAAACAAAGAGAUGAUGACAAGCACCGGUAGGUGACAGUGCCUUGGCAUUGGGCUGUGUUACCUGCUCUUACAUCCACAGCGUUCCAGCUGCAGGGGCUGUGAGCAGUGUUCCCAGACCCCCUUGCUAGAAGCUCUCUGUAGUUUGGCUGCUAAUGCAGUUAUGUGUUGAAUUGUUCUUCAGAGGAAAUAAACUUUUGUAUUAGUAUUUUUGAACUGGU